AUGGACGAGGACGAGGGGACCGCCAGACGGGACCAUCUCACGAGCACGGUGGUGCUGUCAGCGUGCAGCACGUACUUCGACACAAUUCUGUCCCAGUACGAGGAGAAAGACCCGAUCGUCAUAAUGCGUGACGUGAAAUUCUCGGAUAUCAAGGUCCUGGUCGAGUUCAUGUACAAGGGAGAGAUCAACAUCGAUCACACGAGACUGUCGUCCCUGUUGAAAACCGCGGAAGAUUUACACAUCAAGGGUUUGGCCGAGGUGAGCUGGCGCAGCGAUUCCUCGCAAAACGACCUGAGCAACAGCGGUCACAGUCCCGGCGCGGCACCUCCAGGCGUCGAGACGGUCCUCAGGGAAGGGGACGCCGACGAACCACCGCCUCCGAAACAGAGACGCAGAGGGCGUCCGCCUCUGGACGAUCCACCCUCGGCACACGACGUCUUCACACCGAAAAUCACCUGCAUUACUGGAAAUGAGGAAAUGAUGAGCGAGGGCGGCGACCACGAGAGCUGGGACGACGAGAUGAUGAUCAACGAGAGUAACGAAACGCCACUGCCGGUGCUAUCGUACAUGUCCAAGGACGAGAGCAUAUGCGACCAGGAAAAGAAAGCAGUGUUCUCUACACCCUCGAAUUCCAACGCCACGAAUCCAUCGAUCCCUGAGCAAUUCCGAGACGUCGUCAAGAUGAACGAUUACCUGACGACGGGACGCCGCCAAGAGUUCUGGGAGGAGCCGUUCACGCGACGCGUUAUGGACGCCAUUAAGAGCAAAGAACUGGAAAUGAAGACUGCCGCCGAGAUACUUGGCGUGUCCUAUGGAACCCUCUACGGCAGAUAUCGCGACAGUUAUGGCUGCCUGAAGCAUCCGUAUAGAGUAAGGGACUUCUGGUCCGAGCCAGGCCCGGCGGAGGUGCUGGCCAAGCUCCGAAGGAAGGAGAUCACGUUGUUCCGCGCCGCAGAGUUCCUCAAUGUGACCGUCCAUACGUUGGCGACCUAUCUGUCGACGCUGCAGGGCCCCGACAGGAUCUCCCUGGCCGGGGACCUGAGCGUGGCGUCGGGCGCGAUCGACGGGAACAACGAGACGCCGGAGAACAACGACACGAUGAACGACAUCCUGCAGAAGAUCAACGCGAACGCGGCCACAGCGGGGACACCGCCGUCGUCGACGCCCAUCAAGCGGGAAGGCGGCGGUUACAUCGACGUGCCGACGGCGGUGCCGAAGGCCGCCACCUCCGUCCUGGAGAACAACCCUGACAUCACCAUCGUGAAGACGGAGAACACGCCGCGCAAGCGAGAGUACGCGAAAGUCUCGAACACGGAGAACAACAACGCAAAGCUGAUGAGCGGCGGCGCGGUAAGCGAGGUGACGCAGCAAACCACGCAGCAGCAGCAACAACCGUUGCAGCAGCAGAAGAUCACCGACCAGUUGUCGUUGAACAACGACAACAGCAAACCCUAACUAUUCAGGCCUUAUCUGCAGCCGGCGAAUCCCCGUGCACCGAGCGCUAGCUACAACAGGUCCGAGCUGUGCCCGCGCAGUUUCUACUCGAACGUGUUUACCCGCUUUCUCACGAAUUUUCAUUUGAAGUAGAAGAAAAGGGGACACCGCGUGCCCCGCUGAGAAACGUUAUCAUCGUCGCUGCCUUCUCCUCCCAUUCGUUGACGCUCCGCCGCACGCCAGCAGAGAGUAGCUUUUAGACAAUCUCGCGUGUACGAUCGUCCUCGUGGCACCUGGCUGGACGUUGCAUCGAGGGAGAGCCUCGAGUUGAUCGGAGAUUCAAAGACAGGGGGUGUACAGGCCGGGACGUCCCGAACAGGCCACGCGAAAUUCAGUUGACUUUUAGGCGGUAGACGGUACCGCUGCCCAACGGAUCUUGCUUGGAAUUAUGGAUAAGGAUGAACAGAAUUUUUGUGUAUUAUUGCUGCGAAGGGACACCUACAUCCCUCUUAAAGCGAAGGCUUUUUGACCCAUUCGCUGCCAACUACGAGGUAUAACGCAGAUUUAUUGCAUUUGGUCCCUGUUUCUAGCCGUUUGAGUUAGGAAUUCUUAGAAAGGGUAAACAAGAAUUUUAUAUAAUGUUUUUAUUUAAAAUAAUAAUUUUAAUAUAAUUUUUUACUUACAUUACACAUCUUAAUUAAAUCUUGAAACGCUCUUAAGGGAGUGGACUCCCGUGUCUUGUAUGUGUUGGUACGCACUCACAUAGCUCCACAUCACUGUAUACGUACACGGAACUGCAAGGGCUCGCGUAUUAUUCUAUUUUUGUCUCGACAAUGCAAAUUUGAGACCUCUCAAUAGUCGUUUCCGCUAGAUAAAUGUUCAAACUUGUGCGCAAGCUUCUAUAGGUAGUCUAUAAUUAACAGCGUAUUCAGCAACGUACGUUAGUUCAGACAACGCGGCAGGACUGUCGCAUCACCAUAUUGCUUCUUUUGAUCGCGAAAUAGUGCUGAAUAUUAUUAAUUAUGACACAAAAAAGUAAAAGUAGACUCUACCUAUAGGAGCUUGCGUACAAGUUUGAACAUUUAUCUAGCGAAACCGACUAUUGAGAGGUCUGAAAUUUGCAUUGUCGAGACGAAAAUAGGACAAUACGCAAGCCCUUGCAGUUCCGUGUACGUACACAGUGAUGUGGAGCUGCCUGAGUGCGUACGAGCGCAUACAAGGCAUGGGAGUCCACUCCCUUAAUUCGCUUGGCAGCGAAUGGGGCUAAACAAGUACGACUGCAUGUUUUCUAACCCCAAAAGAGGACAAGUUUGUUCGAGGUAAUUAGUACCGCUCCAGCCUGAGUUACAAUCCGCUGCGAAUCUCUGGUUUGGAUAUUUUUAGAAGCAAAUGGCAAGCAGGAUUCGUCCGAACCAUAUUUACCCAUCGCCGAAAGUUAUUCGGGUGGCCUGCUCCGGGUGCCCCUGCGUACACCUUUGGAUCUCGCACCCACGGGUGCAACACCAGCCGCGUAAUAUAUUUUCCGAGUGAAGAGAGACAGAGUGUGUCCGAACUAGAGAGCGAUUCCUUCGCAAAAGUUAGUACCUAGCGAUUAUACGUACAUGGUUCUUCGUUACUUCAGAAUUGGUUCGCUUAAAUCCAAGUCGCCGGUAGCCGAUAAUAUGUCGAUCGUGUUUUGGCCUUCGGUAGCAAGGAAGCGGGGGCGAGACGAAAACAAGGGAAUGAAACAAAACGUGUAAUUAAAAGUUCAAUCGAAGUUCCUUUUGAAUAACGAUGCGCGUAGGGUGUAUCGCGAAAAGAAUGCCUAGACUAUUUUCUGCCGCAUGUGUCUGUAUGGUAGCACGUAAAGAGCGACAAUAUUAUUCACCCUACACCCCCCUCAACCCUCCUGCCCCGGCCCCUGUAGAUCGAUCGAAGUAUAGCGAUCCUAGCCCAGAGGUCCUUCGAAGGAAUAGACGUUUCUCGUGCCGCGAUCGUCGCGAUCCGUAAGCGAAACACUGUUGAAAAAUACACCGCUGCAAACUCGAAGAAGCCUUAACUAUCGUUAGAGUUCGGAAAAGUGCGCGUUAGCCGACAAGAUUCUAACGUAUCAUUUUCGUAUGCACACGCUUCCACCGUGGAACAGUGAUUCUUAAUAUAUUUUAUUAGAUAAUUUUAUUUAAUUCAGGUUUCCA